CCAUAUCACAACUGUUCCAGUCCAGGAAUUGAACCAACUUUGCAUCUACUCAAGUCCACUAGCUUGAAAAUGUCCGAGAACGUCGCACGUCUGAACAAAUUCAAGAACAAAGGCAAAGACGUUAACGAGCUUCGGCGCAGGAGGGCUGAGGUGAACGUCGAGCUUCGAAAAGCCAAGAAAGACGACCAGAUCUUCAAAAGGAGGAACGUGUGCACAGAACCGGAAGAGGCCACUUCUCCUCUCCAGGAAAGAACUCAGAACGGCCAGCAGAAUUUAAGACAAUGGACCGUGGAGGAGAUCGUUACUGGGGUGAACAGCGGUAAUCUGGAGUCUCAGCUUCAAGCCACCCAGGCUGCACGGAAACUUCUGUCACGAGACAAGCGCCCUCCCAUUGAUCAGAUGAUCAGCGUAGGUCUGAUAUCCAAGUUCGUGGCCUUCCUCGGCCUGACGGACUGUCCUCCUAUCCAGUUUGAGGCGUCCUGGGCUCUGACGAACAUCGCCUCUGGCACAUCGGAUCAGACGGCUGCUGUUGUGGAGGGUGGGGCCAUUCCUGCCUUCAUUAACCUGGUCCUAUCCCCCCACCAGCACAUCAGCGAGCAGGCAGUCUGGGCUCUUGGAAACAUUGCAGGUGAUGGAUCUGCUCUCAGAGAUAUGGUAAUUAAGCACGGUGCUGUGGCACCUUUACUCAGGCUGCUGGAAGUUCCUGACUGGACUGUCUUUAGUCCUGGCUACCUGAGGAAUGUGACUUGGACUAUUUCAAACCUGUGCCGUAACAAGAAUCCUUCUCCUCCGAUGAGUGCAAUCGAACAGCUCCUACCUGCUCUCAUUCGUCUCCUGCAUCACAAUGACCUGGAGGUGCUUGCUGAUGCAUGCUGGGCCGUGUCCUACCUGACUGACGGCUCCAACGACCGUAUCGAGGUGGUGGUCCAGACGGGGCUGAUUCCUCGCCUGGUGAAUCUGCUCGGCUUUGAGGCGCUGUCUAUAGUUACUCCGGCGCUGCGUGCCAUCGGAAACAUCGUCACCGGCACAGACGAGCAGACUCAAGCGGUGCUGGACGCCAAGGCGCUGACCAUGUUCCCUCACCUGCUGCGCCACAAGAAGCCCAACAUCCAGAAGGAGGCAGCCUGGACUCUGUCCAACAUCACAGCUGGGAAGGACACACAGAUCCAGGAGGUCAUCGACGCAGGCCUCGUUCCAUACAUGGUGGAAAUGCUCGUUCAGGGUGACUACAAAACUCAAAAAGAAGCGGUGUGGGCAGUUACAAACUUCACCAGUGGGGGCACUGUUCAGCAGGUGGUGUAUCUGGUGCAGGUCAAUGUUCUCGAGCCUCUUCUGAAUCUGCUCUCCUCCAAGGACAGCAAAACAGUCCUCGUCAUCUUGGACGCAAUAACUAAUAUUUUCAUGGCUGGGGAUAAAAUCGGAGAGGCCGACAAGCUGAGUCUGAUGAUCGAAGAAUGCGGCGGACUGGACAAGAUCGAGGCGCUGCAGUCUCACGAGAACGAGAUGAUCUACAAAGCUGCCCUCAACCUGAUUGAGAAGUAUUUCUCUGAAGAGGAGGAGGAGGUGCUGUGUGUGGCUCCUGAAGCUACAGAGGAAGGGUUUGCAUUCCAGAUCAGUGAAAACCAAAGCACUUUCAACUUCUAGAUGACCCUUUCUUCUGUUUACUGUACCUGUGUCCUAUGUUUGUGUUCUUCUGCUGUUUUCCUGUAUCUAAUGUACGGUUUUAACCUCUACACACUUGUAAAUAAAGUUUAUGAUGCUUGUUA